AUGGCGUCGUCCCAGACUCUUGAGCUCAACGAUGCGUCAAAGGGCCCUUCAGACCCGUGCGAUGUGAUUGAAGCUACGCUGUGGCAACCAGAUCUCAAAGAUGAGCUCAAUGGAAUCUAUCGCGAAAUGGGCCUUGGACAAGAUAUCGCUGCCGCUUUCCCCAACCUCCUCAAACGCCCUAUCGAAGAAGUAUCAGAAGCUGAAGUUACGCCACUGCCCAGGAAGGAAAGGUCUAGAAAGCCAAAGGAUGCGGACUCCAACAAGACAGCACUCGAGGGAGGUGAACCGGAAAAUGAGAAACCCAAGAAAGAUAAGCCCGUGGUAAAGUUCAACAAACUGCUAUACAGGACCGCUGUAAGCAAGAUACCUGGAUUCACUUGGUGUAUUGCUCCAGGCUGUGAAUACGGACAAGUCUACCACCGUGGAGGUCAGGAAGAGACAGAUGCGUGGCACGAAGGCCAGACAUGCCUCGAAUAUCAAGAGAAUGGGCGCCUGGAAAGCGAGCCCACACCACGUGACUUCGAAAUCGCCAUAGAAGAGCAGAAGUCCAAGGAAACGCUGAAGGCGCAGACGAGGAGAUGUCCAGGUUCCGGAUGUGGUGUACCCAUCAUGCAAUAUUCAAUGUAUGGUGGUUGCGACAAGAUGAAGUGCUCGAUGUGCCAGCUCGAGUUCUGCUGGCGAUGUGGCGCCGACUACAGAACCAUGAAGGCCAACAAGAGGUCUGCACAUAAAGAGAAUUGCUACUGGCACAAGCGUAUCUUCAAACUAUGGAGACGAGCACCGGGGAGUGCUGUCGUGGCUGAAUGGGAAGGCAUGCCGCAAACGACGAUCUCGAACGCCUCCUACCUCAAGGACUACAACGAUACCAGUUACCGAGGUUUCCAUGAUAUGGGACUUUAG